CGCGCCCAAAUUUGACAAUGACAUGUUUCGUAAUUUCAACUUUGUGUAUCAACUACCAAUAUUUGGAGAUAAAUAUUAAUUCAAUCAAAGCACUUUUCCAUGUAAAUAAUCAAAUUUACUAAUAAUACGCUGUGCUUUGUGAUUAUUUGUAAAAAGUAACCACAAUGGUUGGGCUUUACGAUGAGAGUAUGCUACCGGAAAUGUUGCCUAUAUACUAUACUAGGCUAUUCCCUCAGAAUAUAUUCUGUAGAUGGCUCAGUUGCGGUAGUUCUCCGCAACCUCUAUCUAACAGAGAAUUGUCGUUUACGUUAGCCGAUGAUGUGUAUUUGAGAUACUUAUCCAUUUGCAAUCAAAAGGAAUUGCAACUUUUAUUACAGAAAAAGUGUCCUCAUAAGUUGGAUAUAGGAGCUGUUUACAAUACUAAACCCUCUAUAGGCCGUCACGAUGCUGUUGUGUUGUCAAGAGAGCUGGUAUUUGAUAUUGAUCUCACAGAUUAUGAUGAAGUCAGGACAUGCUGCCAGGAAGCUAAAGUUUGCGAGAAGUGUUGGAAGUUUAUGGUCAUAGCUUGUGAAAUUAUUGAUAAGACACUGAAAGAGGAUUUUGGAUUCCAAAGUAUUUUGUGGGUCUUCUCUGGUAGAAGAGGUAUUCAUUGCUGGGUUUCAGACUAUGAGGCAAGGACAUUAGACAGUCCAGGCAGAGCAGCAGUUGCAGAUUACCUGUGCCUUAUAACAGGUGGAGACAAUCAAAAUAAAAAAGUAAACUUGGGCAGUGACAAUCUACACACAAGCAUUAGGAGAGCUCUCACUGUAAUUGAUAAAUAUUUUGACCAGUUACUCAAAGAUCAAGAAUUCUUGAGCACAACAGACAGGCUUGAUAAAAUGUUGAAAAUGAUACCAGAUGAAACUUUAAGAUCACAAGUACAGAAGUCAUUAGAAAGUAUGCCAGAAACCUCUUUAGAGAGAUGGAAAAUGUUUCAGAGUGUCUAUGAGAAUUACAGUAGAGAAUCAAGUAACAACAACAGAAAAAUCAGAUAUCUAGUUGAAGAAAUCAAAAUACAGUACUGCUACCCUAGACUUGAUGUCAAUGUUACAAAAGGAUUUAACCACUUGCUAAAAUCCCCAUUCAGUAUACAUCCAAAGACAGGCAAGGUAUCUGUGGUUUUCAAACCUGGUAAUGCAAAGAAUAUGAAACUGGAUGAAAUACCUUCAAUUUACAGUUUGCUUGAUGAUAGUUCACCAGAUAAUGCUCAACAUGAGGCAAAUAUGAGGGUAGCUGUGAAAAACUUUCAAGAAGUUGUAUUCUCAUUGGAAAAGGCAGAGGCAAUCAGAAGAAGGAAUGAUGCUAAUAUUUCACUGGAGUUUUAAGAACUAUUUUACCGACAAAUUAUUAAUUAAAUCGCUGGUUCGCGUAUGAUUGCUAAUGGCAGGAAAGUCAAGGAAAUAUAAAAAGCAAAAUUAUUAAAUAAAAUAUCUAUUUAUUUCCAAUACCCAA